CGGAUAUUCACAUUACAAUGCAUGUCUCUUUAAUAUGUGUAUAUAUUUGUAAGCUGGACGGAUAUGUUCUUGGAUGAUCAGUCCUGAUUACAAGAUGGAGGGAAGCCGGAGACUCGGUGCUGCUCUAUUUGGAGUGGGGAGGAUCGGACAGGUCCACCUAAAGAACAUGGUGGACAGUGGGAGACUGACCAUCAGAUGGUUAGUGGACGUACCAGCACAGCAUGGAGUGAUGACUGAACUGAUAGGGAAACAUAGGUUACAGGGGGAGGCUCAGGUGAUCGACAUCAAGGCCAGUCAAAAGGUGUUCGAAGACCCCAGGGUUGAUGUCGUUAUAAUUUGUACCCCAACGCCAUUUCACUCCGAUAUCAUAAAAAAGGCCUUAACUGCAGGAAAGCAUGUGAUGUGCGAGAAGCCGUUAACUUUAACAGUUUUAGAUUCAAAAGAGUGUUACGAAGUGGCGAGAAACCAUGACAGAAUUUUAUUCUGCGCCUACAACAGACGUUUUGACAAACAGUUUUAUAAGCUGUACAGCCGUUACAAGAAAGGUGAAAUCGGAAAGAUACGUGUGGUAAAAUUUACCAGUAGGGAAGGUGGACAGACCGAGGAAUAUCUAAAGAACAACAAAAGUAGAAUUUUCCUCGAUAUGGCCAUCCAUGAUAUCGACUAUAUCUGCUGGUUAGUGGGAGAAAAACCUUUGUCCGUCUGUGCAUUUGGUUCCAUUUCUUCAGACAAUUCCACACUUUAUCAAAAGUUUGACGAUUUUGACUCUGUGACAGCCAUUUUGAAUUUUCCAAAUGGAGUGAUGGCACAGAUGGAAGCCACUAGGGAGGCAAAUAUUGGAUACGAGCAGAAAGUCGAGGUGUUGGGAACCAGAGGCCUGAUCCAGACACAGAACAUUAAGACGAGCGAGUUGUAUACAGUAACCCAGGAGUCCUGUAAAUCGGAGCCUCUCCUACAGACAUUUCUAGACCGUUACAUUGACAGCUUCCCUACAGAAUUAAACCACUUCAUUGACGCCGUCCAAGGAAAAGAAGAUAUUUUAGUGACAGCUGAGAGCUGUAUAAUCGCCAUGGAGGUCUCAGAAGCACUCAGUAAAUCAUUGAAAACCAAAACUAUUGUUCAGUUAUGAUUGUAAUUUACAUGUGUUUGAUAGAAUUAUGUUAUAUUAACAAAAUUACAUAUCAGAAAUUAAGGAUUUAAAUUUUAUGGGUUAUAAAUACAUAUCAUUUUAGAGUAAAUUUGCAGUAUUGCUAUAAAUAUAUAUGAAGUUGUAUAAUUUCGUGU